AGGGUGCAUGGGGCCAGCAUGUUUUUCUUUGAAAUAUCUAUCGUUACAUUAAUUAAUUUCCAACUGUAGGAGAGGGUGGGUUUCUUUAUUUCAUUGGAGGGUGAGGGAGUGAUGCUGAUCUAUGUACAUGGUGGUUGUUCUUGUUCACUGCUUUAUAUUUAAUGAGGGAAAGAAAAGAGGAAAAGCAACUUGAUGAGGGGGGUUGUUUUUCUUCUAUUGCAGCCUAGCUAACUACCCUUUUCCUUUUCUUUCUGCUGCUCUCUCUCUCUCUUCCUCUCUCUCCCUCAAAAUCAAUCAAUUAGAGUGUGAUCUCGAUCCUGUUCUCUUCCUUUUUCACUUACUUCUCUCCAAGUUAAAUCUUCACAACUAUCUUCUCUGUCCAAUCUAAUGCUUUUUGGCAUAAGAUAAGUAAAGCAGUUAUUAAUAGCAAAAAGAAGUCAUGGAUGGUUCUCCCUCUUCUCCAGAACUUGACUCUAAAGUUUCAGAGCUCAAAUCAGAAACUCAGGCCUCCAAAAGAAGGAAGCUGGUUGAGAAGACUGUUGUUACAGUGAGGAUUGGAGAAAAUGCUGGGAAAGUAAAGCAUGAAGGGCCACCUUCUGAUUUUUGGUCUUGGAGGAAAUAUGGGCAAAAACCGAUCAAGGGAUCUCCCUAUCCAAGGGGCUAUUACAGGUGCAGCACAUCAAAGGGCUGUUCAGCCAAAAAACAAGUGGAGAGAUGCAGAACAGAUGCUUCUUUACUGAUAAUUACGUACACCUCGACCCACAACCACCCAGGUCCUGAUAUCCAUAGUACCAACCUCAACCAACAACUAAACGAAUCCCAAGCCCCAUCCACAGAUGAAGAUCGUCCUACAACUCCAAAACAAGAACAACAGGAAGAGGAGAAUCAUAAUCAACCCACUGUUUCAAUCAGUCCAAAAGAUGACAAUGAAGGCCACAAUUUUCACUACUUACAAUCCCCAAUAAACUGUUCUCAAGAUAUCAUGAUUAGCCAAGAAGAUCCGUUCACUGAGAACCCUGCAGAAAAAACUGAUGACACACUGGAUAUUCUCUUGGAUGAAGAGCCCAUCUCUUGCCCUAGAAUGAUGACACUUGCAACACCCAAAUCAGAAGAAAAUGACUUCUUUGAUGAGCUAGAAGAGCUACCCACAUACUCUGGUUUCACUAGCUUCAUGCGGAGCAAUUUUUACGAUGAAAGGAUUCCUGUUGUCCCUUCUUGAUCGUUGUGUUCUUGGCGUUUGCAGCCUAGAAAAAUGUACUUUGCAACAAUGUUCACAUCAGAUAAUAUAAUAUAUAUGGCCACUAGUAGCAGUAGUAGUUGUUAUUA